UGAUAGAAGAGGAACACUGGACAUAAAACUGAACUCUCGUGUUGUGAGUGGAACCAUUGGUGUAAAGGAAAAAGUUUAUAUGUCUAAACCUGUGUUCCUGACCUUCAAACAUACUCAGCCUGGUGGUGCGAGAACAAAAUAUUUGUGUGUGUACUGGGAAGGAUCCGAGGAGGGAGGCAGCUGGUCGACGGAGGGCUGCACUCAUGUGAGCAGCAAUGAUUCUUACACCAAAUGCAAGUGCUUCCACCUCUCCAGCUUUGCUGUCCUCAUGGCUCUUGUUCCUAAGGCGGAUCCCAUUCUGACUGUGAUCACCUAUGUGGGACUGAGCCUGUCUCUGCUGUGUCUCCUCCUGGCAGCCCUCACUUUCCUCUUGUGCCGACCCAUCCAGAACCUCAGCACCACCCUCCACCUGCAGCUCUGCAUCUGCCUCUUCCUGGCCCACCUCCUCUUCCUCACUGGGAUUGAUCAAACUGAGCCUGAGGUGCUGUGUUCCAUCAUCGCAGGGGCACUGCAUUACCUCUACUUGGCCUCCUUUACCUGGAUGCUCCUCGAAGGACUGCAUCUCUUCCUCACUGUGAGGAACCUCAAGGUGGCCAACUACACCAGUGGGAGCAGGUUCAAGAAGAGAUUCAUGUACCCUGCAGGCUAUGGGAUUCCAGCUCUGAUUGUGGCUGUGUCUGCAAUAGCAGGACACAAAAAUUAUGGAACACACACUCACUGUUGGCUCAAGAUCGAUAAAGGGUUCAUCUGGAGCUUCAUAGGGCCAGUGGCCGUCAUUGUCUUGAUAAACUUGGUCUUCUACUUCCAAAUUCUGUGGAUUUUGAGAAGCAAACUUUCCUCCCUCAAUAAAGAAGUUUCCACCAUUCAGGACACCAGAGUCAUGACAUUUAAAGCCAUUGCUCAACUGUUUACCCUGGGCUGUUCUUGGGGCCUUGGAUUUUUUAUGGUUGAUGAAGUUGGGAAGACAAUCGGAUUAGUCAUUGCCUACAUGUUCACCACCAUCAAUGUCCUGCAGGGGGUUUUGCUUUUUGUGGUCCACUGUCUCCUUAAUCGCCAGGUGCGAAUGGAAUACAAGAAAUGGCUUAGUGGGGUGCAGAAAGGAGUUGAAACCGAAAGCACUGAGGUCUCUGCCUCUACUACCCACACCAAAGUGUAGGAGGAACCAGGGAAGUCAUCAGAAUUUAUCCACAGAAGAGACCCUGUGUUUCUCCAAUCACAGCCUGGGACUCAUCCUAUCACUGUUUUUUGGCAAAGAACAGAACACUGAGCUGCUCAUGGACGGCGCCCCCUGUGGUCACAUAAGGACUGGACAAGCAUCAUCGACUGUAUCUUCCCUGUGAAAACGAGUCAUGUUACCUUCGCCUGUUUUGGCUUUUAUUGCCACAGACAGAAAGAGGAACAUGGGAACGUUCUUAGACUGGAACCCAGAAGUGCAUGUU